AAACGGCGUCGCGAUGCUCCUAAUUAAACAUUUGUACGGCGCGCUCUCUCUGUCUCGAAAGUGAAAUCAAAAGUGCCCCUAUUUCUUUCUUCUUUUAUACCUUCCGAGGGUUGAUUAGAAGGAGAGUGAACAGUUUGAUUUCAGUUCGUCCUCUUUUGGUGUGACUCACUCUUUGGUCUGUGAAAGUGCAUCAGGAUAAAGGGAUAUUAUAGUGAAUCAGUUGGGGAAAUAAGUGCAGAGAUGCGCCCACCAGCUCAAUACGACAGCCAAGUGGCUACAGAAGCUGAAGGUGAACAGCCUGAUCCGAGGAUGGUGGCCAUGAUGAUCAGCACCAGGUUAGCAGGUCGGGCAGUGAUCAGGGUGGUCGGUAGAUGCGAGGAAGCUCAAGAAAAUCAAGAAUUAGAUCUCUCAAAUUGUCAAUUAAUGCAAGUUCCGGACGCCGUGUAUCACCUGAUGAGGCACACCGAGCUCAGGACCUGCGAUCUUAGCGAGAACGUGAUAACCAAAAUCCCUCCAAAGUUUGCCGUUAAAUUUAACUUAAUCACAGACUUGAACUUGUCACAUAACCAGAUGUCAAAGUUGCCAGAGGAGUGUGCCGAGUUGGCAAACUUGGAGAGGCUGGAUAUAUCGCAUAACACUUUUGUCUCGUUACCCUCUUGCGCCCUGAGGAUGCCCAAGCUGUUAUCCCUUAAGGCCAACGACAAUCAUAUAAUAGAUGUGGAAGUGGAUCAAAUCACAGAAGCGCCAUCGUUGGAAACGAUGGAUUUGGAAAGAAAUCCGCUGUCUCCUCGUAUCCACGAUCAGCUACUGCGAAUCACCAAAAUCGCGGUGGCAUUGUCGCCGAGAGAGACAGAAGACUGGGAAGAUCUCACCAUCUGAUAUGUGAUAACUGUAUUAGUUAGACAUUAGUUGUAAGGUUGCUCACCACAUGUGAAUUUACUUGUUCAUAAUCCCAUAGCAUCAUAAAGAAUAAAUAGUUCAAGUUGAUGUAUAGGGGAGUGUGACAGUCAAAGUGUUUUUAUUGUAUAUAAAUAUUAUAUAUUUAUCUUUGUGUAUUAGCUUAGAUAUUUUUAUUUUUAUAACCUUACCAGUGUAAUAUUUAUAACGGUUUAAUGUCCUCGCGUGAAAUAAUGGAUUUGCAAAAUUGGAAGUGCGCUUCCGCAUUUACUUACCAGAGAAUUUUGUAUCGACCUCUAGUCAAAUUUGUGAUAAAGGUUGUAUAGUUGUCUUAUUUUCUCUAAUAUGAUUAAACAAGGAAAAAUGAGUAAUAAAGAGUUCAUUCUUA